AUGGGUGGAAAGGUUAAGAUCUGGAAUCCCGUGGAAAUCGCAGAAGAAGCCAAAAAUGAUUACGCCUCGCAGAUUUUUCCCUCUCUUCUUUCAAUUGAUCCCUCUCUCUCCCUUCAUCAAAUGACACCUCUCGUCAUUAAUUUGUGCAAGGACAUGUUCAAGGAUUGGUCUAAUUUACAUGAUUCUUGCUUUAAAGUUGACAAGAUUUCCGGAGGCAUUACAAAUUUAUUACUGAAGGUUUCGGUUGAACAACGUGAUUCUGUAAAUGCUAUUAUAACUAUCAGAUUGUAUGGACCCAACACCGAGCAUAUUAUUGAUCGCCAUCGAGAAUUGCAGGCCAUCAAAUACAUCACUGCUGCAGGAUUUGGUGCCAAGUGGCUUGGAAUAUUUGGAAAUGGCAUAGUGCAAUCUUUUAUCAAUGCACAUACUCUUACACCAUCAGAUAUGCGAGACCCAAAACUGGUUCCUAAAAUAGCCAAACAGUUUCGAAGAUUUCAUCAUGUGGAGAUUCCAGGUUCUAAGGAACCUCAGUUAUGGAAUGAUAUCUGGAAGUUUUUUGAGAAAGCAUCUGUUCUAGAAUUUGAUGAUAGUGAAAAGCAAAAGACUUACAAGACAGUUUCGUUCAAGGAAGUUCAAGAUGAAAUUAAUGAGCUCCAGGUGUUGUGUGAUCGUCUCAAAUCUCCUGUAGUUUUUUCUCACAAUGACUUGCUCUCUGGAAACAUAAUGGUUAAUCACGAAGAAGAUAAACUUUACUUCAUUGAUUAUGAAUAUGCAUCAUACAACUACAGAGGCUAUGACAUAGGGAAUCACUUUGCAGAAUAUGCCGGUUUUGAAUGUGACUACUCCUUGUACCCAAAUAUGAAUGAACAAUAUCAUUUCUUCAGGCAUUACUUACAGCCGGACAGACCUCAAGAGGUGUCUGAGAAUGAUCUCAAAACCUUGUAUGUUGAGGCAAAUACAUAUGCACUGGCCUCACACCUUUUCUGGUCUUUGUGGGGGCUAAUUCAGGCAAAGAUGUCCCCAAUAGAUUUCGAUUAUCUUGGUUAUUUUUUCGAACGAUACAACGAGUACAAAAGGCAGAAAGAAAAAGUUGUAUUGUUGGCGUUAUCCCACCUUUCAGAAUGUAGGAGUUAG